AACAUCAGUAUCACAUGAUCAGUGUGUGCAUUUAAAGGUCGACCAGCCAGGAAGUUGAGGUAGCUAGCCUAGAUAUGUUAUCCAUUUUGCCAUCAUAAUAGGAUAGUAUAAGAUAACCGGCAUGUGAAUGAAAGCAUGACUACUUUUAAAGAGUUCUGUCAUUACUCAUAAAAACGUCUGCAUCUAAAGCAGGUAGGUUUUAGGCUUAGCCAGAUAGCCAGCCAUUCAAGCUGGACUGGAUGCAGUUUAGCUUGAGUCGCCUACUAGUCAGUUUCUAAACCUGUACUGUCUUGGUAGUAGUGCUGUGUGGUAUGGUUUGACAGGACCAGGACAAUUACAGAGCUAAAUCCUGUGGUGUUAUUAGAUUGAAUGAUCAUCAAGGACAACAACCACCCGAGCCACUGCCUGUUCACACUGCUGUCAUCCAGAAGGCGAGGUUUGCUGGGGGAAAUAUGCUGGGACUUGUAGGCUUCAUAGGGGGUGACCUCCAUGCUACGUCUGGGAGACUCCUGAGAUGCACCUUGAGGUCUUCAACAGUCCAACAGACUUCUGGCUCCACAAACCACCCCCAGAGGGCAUGGCUCGCCUCACAGGCACCCCUCUGUGGACACCAUACCCCUAAACAUAGGAUAGGGCUAUAUGGCCCUUUUACACACCCGCAACAGACACUGGGGAGUUCCCGUGGCCCCUUCUCCCUACCCCUUUUCACCCAGAGGGUCGCCCUCUCCCAGGGACCCAACACCUCCACAGCCAAGAUCAGGCUACGAACGCGCCUGGUGGUCACCCUGCUUUUCGGCGGGGGUCUGCUUGGCACCUGGUGGUACGUGCGUAACGAGAAGCAGCAAAAUCACCGAAUGCAGCGGAUAGAGCAGUUGAAAAAGGUGGCCCUGGGCCAGGGAGACUUCAGCCUCCUCGACCACAGGGGGCACCGCAGGACCAAGAGAGACUUCCUGGGUCGCUGGGUGCUCCUCUACUUUGGCUUCACCCACUGCCCUGACAUCUGCCCCGAUGAGCUGGAUAAGAUAUCUGCUGUGGUCAGCGCUCUGGACAAGGACCGGUCUCUCCCCACGGUCCAACCGCUAUUUGUGACAGUCGACCCGGAACGAGACGACGUGGCGGCCCUGGAGAGGUACGUGAAGGACUUCCACCCCCGGCUGAUCGGCCUGACGGGUACCCCAGAGGAGGUGAAGGUGGCAGGGAAGGACUACAGGGUGUACGCCAGCCCUGGACCGAAGGAUGAGGACGGGGACUAUAUAGUGGACCACACCAUCCUCAUCUACCUGGUCAACCCAGAUGGGCUGUUCCUGGACUAUUACAACAGGAUGAAGGACGACGUGCAGAUCGCUGAGAGUGUCAGGAACCAUAUAAAGAGCUACGUCAAACUCUGAAUGAAUGACGGUAACCACACCAACAAGACUAUCAAAGGCCUUUAGUAUGUUACACUUAAGCUGAACCCAAUGUCCAGAUAACAAUAAUUCUCCAUCAGAAAUGAGGCCCUGUGAAUUGUUCUCAGACCAGACUGAACCACAACAAUAUGGACGCUUCGUCGAGGCUAUGCUGAUUCUGUGUGUGCAAUAAAUUGUUUUUGUCUGACACCAAUAAUGGUUAGGAUAUGAAA